GAGGCACAGUCUCUCGGCGAUAGGCCACUCGCACUUGGCAACACAUGAAGCGCAAGGGUAAAGGCCGCGGCAAAGGUUCGCGGAAGAAGAGAAGGCGUGAAGCAGGUGACGGCGAAGAGGAGGAUCCCCGAGCGAAGCGAGGCAAGGAGAAGGCCAAGGCCAAAGAAGCCGCCAAGGCGGCCGCCGAGGCCGCGCGCCUCAGGGAGGAGCAGGAGGCGGAGGAGGCGCGGAAGAGGGCUGCGGCCCGGCGCGCAAAGCCGGGCUUCUCGCAGCUGCUUCAAGCUUUCGGUGUGGCGGAAGACCCGCCCACCCCGUCUGAAGAGGAUGAGGAUGGAUCAGAAGGCGAGGAGGCAGCGGAAGGAGCCGUCCCAGGGCCAGAGAUGCAGGACCAGGCUGAAGGAGAGGAAGAGGAGCCCUUCGAGGAUGACGAAGAUCCAGAAGAGGAGUCGGAGGAGGAGAAGGAUGCAGAGCCUGAAGAGGAGCGAGCUUUCUGGGGGAGAGCUCAAUGUCAGUCCAGCGGCUUGGACUUCUUCGAGCGCUUCUGGGAAGACCCGCCUCUGCCGCUGCACGGGCCCGGAAGUGCGCGGACGACAGGCUCGUCGCGGCUCUCGCUGCCGGGCCUGGCGCGCUGCGAGGCGCAUGGCUGCGAGAUGGAAGCACUGAUGAAGCUGAUGGAGUCCAAAGGCAAGGCGAAGUUGCCAGAGGCCUUGCUCAAGCCUUGGUGCCAUUUUCGUCUGGCGGCCGGCCUCCGGAAAGCCUUCGAGAACCUUCUGGAAGCCUUGAAGGACCAGCCAGACAUCACAAUUGGGCCCGCAGAGGGCGCCUUCUUCGCGUGCUUGCACGCCUACCUGGAUGUGUCCUUCCCCCAGCAUUCCCAUCUGAACGCCCGCGCGCUGCGGGUACUCUCUGCCCUGCACAUUGUGGAUCACCUGCUGAAGGUGCGGGGAGAAGAUCAAGCAAAAGAUCAGAAGCCAGAAGGCGAGGUGCAGAUGGAUCAAGGCUUCACUCGGGCGCGAGUCCUGAUCCUUUGCCCAUUUCGCUCUGCGUGCUAUGACUUUGUGAAGCUGCUGCUGGCCUUGAUGCCGCCAAAGAAGCAGGUCGCCAACCUGCAGCGCUUCGAAGAGGAGUUUGGUCCGGACGGGGAGAUCCUGGCGGACAAGCCGCCGGACUACCAGCAUCUGUUUGGAGGGAACAGCGAUGACCGCUUCCGCAUUGGCCUGACCCUGUUGAAGAAGGGGGUGAAACUCUACGCUCCCUUCCACAAUGCCGAAAUCCUGAUCUGCUCGCCGCUGGGCCUCCGGCAGAUCACUGGGGCAGAGGGGGAAAGGAGGAGAGAGUUUGACUUCCUCUCCUCCAUCGAGGUCUGCAUUGUUGACAGGGCGGAUGUGCUGCACAUGCAGAACUGGGAGCAUUUGCAGGAGGUGAUGCAAGUUGUGAACUGCAAGCCUCAGGGCCUGGGCAGCAUCGACAUCUCCCGCCUGCGACCGCAGUUCGCCGAGAACAGGGGCCGCGAGUUUCGACAGACUGUGGUCACGUCGUGCGGCCAAUUCCUCGAUGCUGAGGCCCUCUUCAAGCUUUCCAGCGCUGCUGAAGGGCCUCCGGCUAAAGGGGCAUCCCUGGCUGCCAGGCUUCGAGCUCCGCAGCUGGGCCGUUCCAAGCGUGGGGGGCGCUCGCUGGAUUUGAACGAGGAGCAGGAGGACAUCGAUGCGGGCAUGUCGCUGGACAUGUUGAAGUCUGCACAGAAGGCGUCCAAGGCACCGAAAGCGUCCCAGGGCUUGCGGGGCCUGGCGAAACUGGCCGCUCUGCCAGAAGGGCAACCUCUUCGGCAGGCGAUUGCCCUGGGCAUCUCCAGGCAAUUCUUCUUGCACACGCCUUGUGGCCCCUUGUCAGAGCAGUCCGACCGGCUCUUUGAGGCCUUCGAGAGCAGGUACUGGCGCCCCCUGGGCAGCAGUCUGGAGGGGCUUCUGCUGGUCGCGACGACGUACUACAACUUCCUGCGGUUGCGGCGCUUCCUUCGGGAGGAGGGCGCCAGUUUCGGGUCCAUCUUCGAGUACUCCUCGAACCAGGCAUUGAGCCGCGCCCGGUUCAAGUUCUUCCACGGUGAGCAGAAGAUGCUGCUAGUCACCGAGCGAUUCCUCUGGUACCGGCGGUAUCGCCUAAGAGGGGCGAACUAUGUUCUCUUCUUCGGUGUGCCGCAGACACCGGAAAUCUACGAGGAGAUGCUCUCCGGUGUGCGUGUUCCCUCCACAUGCAACUCCAUGUGCCUCUACACGCAGCACGAUGCGUUUGCGCUGGAGCGUGUGGUGGGCCACGAGCGCGUCAAGAGUAUGCUGACCUCGGCACCGGGCAAGGUCUUUGUGGCAGCCUCAGAAGGGAGGCUGAAAUGCCAGGCGCAGCGGGAAGUGGUGAAAGCGAAGCUGUGUGCUGCCGCGCCCACGGUGGACGUAGCUGCGCUGGAGGCGGCGGAAGAGCUGGAGGAGGAGGUGUGCUUGGCGUCCACCCUGGCGCCGGGCCAGUCCUUCGCCUGGAAGCGCAUCCGGGAGGACGCGUGGCUCGGGACGCUGGGCGGCUCCGCGCUUCUGCUGCAGCAGUCCACCUCGAACCUCCGGCCGCGCUGGCGCACCCUGGCAGGCCCGGCGGUGACCGCGCAGCAGCUGAGGUGCUUCUUCGGGCUGGAGGCGGGUGCGCCUGCUCUGGGCACGCUGCAUGCCACUUGGGGCAAGAGCUGCCCACGGCUGGCAGAAGUGGCGAGGUGCCUGCCGUGGCUGCGGGUCCUGCAGCAAGACUUGGCUGAGACGGUGGUGGGCUUCAUCUGCUCGCAGAACAACAACGUGUCGCGCAUUUGUCUCCUCAUGGACCGCCUUCGUGCACGCUACGGCCGUCUGCUGUGCAGACUGCGGCUGCCGACAUCCGUACAUGCAGCGGGAGGUCUCCAGCACGAGAAGGAGUUCCACCAAUGCCCAGCGCUCUAUGCUUUCCCCGACCUGGAGGUCUUAGCGGCGGUGCCGGCCCAGACCCUGCGAAAGCUGGGCCUCGGCUACCGUGCCGCCUACCUGCGGGGAGCUGCCAAGAAGCUGCUGGAGCAGGACUGCAGCUUGCUGAAGUGGCUGGAGGCUUGCAGGGAGCCGGAGCACAUUGAUCCCUUUCCUGCUGAAGAGCCGGAGCAGCUGCGGGCCAGGCGCCUGGAGAUCCGGCGCCAGCUGUGUUUGCUGCCGGGGGUGGGCUCGAAGGUGGCGGACUGCAUCGCGCUCUUCGCGCUGCGCCAGCACGGGGCCGUGCCAGUGGACGUCCACGUCUGGCGCAUCGUGACGCGAGACUACGAGCCGGAGCUGCGGGAGGCCAAAUCGCUCACGCCCCCGGUGUACGAGAGAGUGGGCGAAGCCUUCCGGCGCCGCUUCGGCGCCUUCGCAGGCUGGGCGCAUUCCUUGCUCUUCGGUGCGGAGUUUGGGGAGCUGCGGCGGCGCUUGCCCCCGGAGAUGCUCAAGGACAUGGAUGACUUCCGGGAGGAGGUCAAGCAGCAGAAGGCCAAGAGGAAACGCGAGAGAUCGAAUGGCCAAGAGGUGGCCUCGCCCAAAGUGGCGUCGCCCAAAGUGGCUCCAAAGCGAAGCCCAAAGCAGGCGGGGGCGCCAAGGAUCCAAGAGCGCAGUGUUUGUGGUCAGUAUGAAGGCCCAGAAGCGCCCAGCGACGAAGAAAAGCGCGAGCGGAGGGCCGAUAGGACCUGCAACCUGAUGAACUCCCGCGGCUACGCCUUGCUGCUGCCCUCCCGCUGCAACGAGCCGUCGCUCUCACCCCGAGGAGCAUUAGUCGAGCCCGUGACACUCCACGUGUACAGCGUCUCUGGCAGCGAGACCGUCCGCAAGGUGAACCGGGUGCUUGGCAAGCUGCGCACCGGCGCUUUCCACACCGCUGUGGAAGUCUACGGCCAGGAGUGGAGCUAUGGCUAUACUGAGAAGGGCAGCGGUGUUUUCUGUUGCAACCCCAAGGAGUGUGAUGCCCACAUCUACCUCUACUCGGUGCCCAUGGGCCACACGUCUUUGUCUCAACAGACGAUUCUGGCGCUGAUGGGCCGGCUAGCGAGGGAGUGGCAGGGUGAGGACUACGAUAUCCUCCGCUGCAACUGCUGCCACUUCAGCAACGAGCUACUGAGGCGGCUCGGCCUGGGGAGCAUGCCCAAGCAGUUCCUGAGCCUGGCGAGCACAGGCGCCGCGCUUGGGGACAAGGCCGCGACGCUGGGGGACAAGGCCGCGACGCUGGGGGCGCUGCCCCGAGCCGCGCUGGAGGCCGCACUGCGAGGAGAGCACAGAGGUUAG